GUUUGAGCAACUGCUGUUUGCUGAGUAAAUACAGGCAUCCACCGAAGCCAGAGACAUUUUAACUUCGAUUUUAACUAUGCAGAGGCUCAAAGAACAACGCUUCUGACCGGGCAGGACCAUCGGUUUGGAGUUUUUGAAGGGAAGUCGAAGCACAGAAGCAACACACAGGCAGUCGAUGGCCGAUGAAAAUGAGCUUCUUUGCGUCGGGCCCUCAGAGGAAGAAGCGGCGGGCGACGGGUUCCCCGCUCCCCCGCCGCCGAACUACGUAUGCACGCUGACGCCGGAGCUGGUGGCCAAGGCGCGGGAGGAGCUCCAGGAGAAGCCGGAGUGGCGGCUCCGGGACGUCCAGGCGCUGCGGGACAUGGUCCUGAAGGAGCAGCCCAACCUGAGGACCCGGCUGGAUGACGCCUUCCUCCUGCGCUUCCUGCGCGCGCGCAAGUUCGACUACGACCGCGCCCUGCAGCUGCUGCUCAACUACCACGGCAGCCGGCGGGCGUGGCCCGAGGUCUUCAGCGACCUGCGGCCCUCCACCGUCAAGCACGUGCUGGACCUGGGCUUCCUGACGGUGCUGCCCCAGCCGGACCCCAACGGACGCUACAUCCUGUGCCUGCGGCCUGGAAAAUGGAAGCCCAGCGAUUACCCGUUCGUGGACAACAUCCGGGCCAUAUACCUGACCCUGGAGAAGCUGAUCCAGCCGGAGGAGACGCAGGUGAACGGGAUCGUGAUCCUGGCGGACUACAGCGGGGUGGGCCUGUCGCAGGCCUCCAGCCUGGGCCCCUUUCUCGCCAAGAAGGUCGUGGGCAUCCUGCAGGAUGGGUUUCCCAUUAGAAUCAAGGCGGUCAACAUUAUAAACGAGCCUCGUAUUUUCAAGGGCAUAUUUGCCAUUAUCAAGCCCUUCCUGAAGGAGAAGAUGGCGGAGAGGUUUGUUCUUCACGGCUCGGACCUGAACUCCCUGCAUCGCACCAUCCCGCGCGCGGUGCUGCCGGAGGAGUACGGCGGGGUGCUGGGCUGCCUGGACGCGGCCGCCUGGUCCAAGACGCUGAUGGACUCGGAGGUGGAGUUCGUGGUGGAGUUCUGCCAGCCCGACCCACUAGAGGGCGUCGUUCUCCCAGACUCCAUGCUGUUCGAAGGGGAGCAGGGCGGCGCUCAGUGCGAGGAUGUGUACAGGGGCCUGCGGUCGCAGCUCUACUACUGCUACUGACCCCGCCAGCUGCUGAACGCUGCCAGCAGGGAGGAGGGCCCGCCAACCGCUUCUUUCCAAACAUCCGUUUUCUCGUCUCUCAUUUUAAGCAGCUGGACAAUUUUUGGUUUUCUUCGUUUUAAAAAGGGAAAUUUAACUCUGUUUGUUGGCCGUCCUCGUCGCGCUGGGUGCUGGGUUAAAGUAGCCGAACCGUGGUAGCAGGAGAGGUCUUGCGUGGAGCAGCGUAGCUUAGCACAGUGCCGUUUCCGUGGUGGCUUCAGGGUCAAUUGUGGAGAGGACUUCAAUUUAACAGCACUGUGCUUUCGAUUGUGGCUUAGUUUAGUUUUUCAUGUUGAAUGAUUUCAAGCCAAUUACAUGCUAGAUAGAUGAGGUGGAGGAAGUACAUUCCAAGGUGUGUGUGUGUGUGUGUUUGUGUGUGUGUGUGUGUGUUGGGGCAACCAAUUCCAAAGUUGUUUUGCAUUUUCAAAUUGUGUGGUUUGUUUCAUAGCUGUAAUGCUUUUUUUAUGUUAACCUUAAACAUUUCUUUUGCCUUAAAAAUUACAAUAAUGAUAAUCGGCCUCUCCCUCUGGCUCUACAGUAUGCAUGAGCUCAUUUUAUAGGAUUUGGCGUUGAGGACAUGGCAGAAGACUCAGAGGAAGAUUGAUGGUUGGUUACCAUUACUAUUAAUGUUUCUGUUGAGAAAUUAUACGUACUUACUGCUUGGUACCAUGAUUGUAUUAGCAUUCACCCAGAACAGUGACUCUGAAGCAAUAUUUGUUCCUCAGGACACCAUGUUCCAAUGUUUUUAUCUGAAUUUGUUCCACGUUAAAAUGCAGGGUGAAACGUUAAAAAAAAUUGCCAUCAGCUUGUUCAUUCCAUAAAUAUAUGCUCAGAUUACCCAUAGUGCACCAGGUGGUGGAAAUGGCCAUGGUGGUUAAACUUUUCUGUUGUUUUCCUUUCAUUAUUGAUGAAAAUAAUUGAAGCCCAGCCAGUCUCAUGUUAAAGCUAUAAUCAUGCUGCAAGGACUAUAUUGUAAAAGGGAAUUGUUGUUUCUUUCUCCAGUUUUUACUUUUAAAUGUGCAGAACUGUUAUUAUACUUGUACAGUAGCCAAAGGCCUUCCCUGAAGGAACUAGUCUUUAGAUUAGCAUGAGUCCACAUUAAAAGAAAUGAUUUUCUUAUAUACUGGUGCCUGACUUAUACCUGAUACACCUUUACUGUACUACUGCAACAGACCAGCUGCUUGUAUAUGUAUACAUAUGCACAUUUUUAAAAUGUGGGUAUAUGACAUACACAUAAUGUCGUGGCAUUAUGAUUCUAAGGGGAGAUGUUAUAUCUGUUCUCUGACAGCUUUAGCAUAAGGCUUUCCUUACGAUGUUACUUAGUAGUCAUGUAUGGGAGUUUGAGUGUGGACAUUAUGAUUUGAUCUCGUACCACACUCUUUUUCUUGUGUCACACUUUGCCAAAUAUGUCUCAAAGCCAUUUAGAGUUCAGAUUUUGUUUUAUCAUAUUGUGCAGAUUGUGUUUAUAAACGCUAAAGAUUUAUUUUCACUUAUGUGAUGGUAGAUUUAUUAUUUCAUGUUUUAUUUUUUAAGACCUUAAAACAUAAUUUUUCAAUAACAUUACAUAUUGUAUUUGUGAUUGAGCCAAUCGUGUAUAUUUUGAUGAUUUAGUUGUAGCUUUAAAAUGGUCAUAAUGCAGAGGGUCUUGAUCAAAAAUAAAGCUUAAACCAGGUACAAUUAAA